AGACCUACUUGAUCCCUACAAUCAUUAGAACAAGAGCGUGUCGAAACUAAGAGUAGUUUAGACGUGUCUCGAUCGACAUGAGGAAUCUACCCAGGCCGGGUCGUAAUGAUUUGUGAGAGUGAUGUUUGUUUGUUGUGUGUCAUUGCAUUGAUUCAAUUGAUCAGAAGGGACAAAAGAAGUGUCAUAGUCUACUCUUUUUGGAAGGAAUUCUAAUCGUACGUUCCCAUCCAAGUGAAGUAUCAAUUGGGUUGUGUUUGCACUUAAAGUCUAAUUCACAUCCCUCGCUCUCAUCCUGCCUUUAGCUUCUUAUUUCCAUUCUCAUUCUCAUUUUAUUCCCACUCUCAUUCUCUUUCUUGACCUGCUUGUGAGCCAUCCCUAUGGAAGAGGGAAAGUAACAAUUAUAAUAGUAUUAAUAAAAAAUGUCGAAUAUCGAGGAAUCCGUAAGUGAGACAACUCCAUUAUUUGGCAAUGAACAGAGUGAUCAAAAUACGACCACACCUUCAUUGCUCCACAAGGAGGACAGGCACAGACUCACAUGGUACUGGCCCUGGCAACCGACUUAUUGGGCAGCUAUUCCUGUCAUCUUCCUCGCUGGCUUGUCAGCUGGACCUUCCCUUGCUAUGAUGCCGCCCCUUAUCAAGACUCUUUUUUGUGAACGAGGCAUCCCGAAAUACUUUCCUAUCCAGGAUGUCAAUAACAACUUCACCAUUGCUGGCAACAAUUACAUCAGCAUAAACACACUAGCUUCCUUGGCUCAAACGAGCGAGGAUGACAGUCGAUGUGAUUCUGCAGAAUACAGCGCUGCCAUUGCCAAGUUUGUUGGCAUUAGUGCCUCUUUAGCUGCUAUUGCUGUCACAUUGACGGUCCGCUUCUGGUCUUCUUUGAGCGACCGCAUCGGACGCAAGCAUACAAUGAUUCUUUGGGCCAGCGGAUAUGCACUCGCCCAAAUCGUGCCCUUAUCAGUCUAUUAUAAUAAAAACUUGAGUCUCUACUUAAUUUGGCUAGGGGGCAUAUUGGAGGGUGCUGUAGGCUCGCUCUUCACAGUCCACGUUCUCUCGCAUGCUUACGCUGCAGAUGUCACCCAUCCCGAGGAGCGCACUGUAGUCUUUGGGCGGCUGCUUGCAGGAUAUUAUGCAGGGUUGGGCUUUGGGGCUGCACUAGGAGGCGCCGUUGUCAAGGGCUUCGGACUAAUCGCAGUGUUCUGGUUAAUGCCAACCAUUGUUCUCCUGGACUUGCUUUAUAUUUUGCUGAUUCCAGAAUCCUUAACCAUAACCGCAUUGGCUAAAAACAAUAAUGAGAAUGAAGAUAGCUCUUCAUCUUCAGCUGCACAGCUAACGAGCUCGCAGAGCCGGUCGACAGUGGUUGAUGUGAUUUCCUCAGACGAGCCUUUUGGAUCGUCAAGACAGUCUCAGCAACAGCAAGCGAAUAAGGGUGAUGAUAGUAGUAGGAGCAGUACCAAUGAUUCUGAUGCUACUACUCUAGCGGAUCCAUUUGAGCAAUUUGUCAAAGAUUUUUUCCCAGAGCAGUUACCGAGGCGAUUAGGUGGAAAAUACAGUGUAAUAAUGCUUAUGAUUACUUGCUUUCUGACUCUCAUGGCAGUGCUAGGCUGCGCUUAUCAGAUCACACCUUAUCUGCUCUACCGCUUCCGCUGGUCAAAUGCACAACUAAGCGUAGUUGGCACCAUUCAUGGCCUUAGUAGACUAGUAUCUUUAACAAUGCUUCUACCCUUGAUCAUGCGCUUCAGUCCGCAUGCCUCCACGAAUCCUGCUGCUAGUAUCUACUUCAGCUUGAAGAUCGUCUUUGUAGGUCUAUUGAUCGAAGUCCUGACCAUGGUUCUUUACGGAGCCUCAACUAUUCCUGAGAACUUUUAUGUUGGAGGAGUAACUGGUGCCAUUGGAUCACUUUUCUUCCCAGCGACACGUGGUAUCCUCUCUCAAGCAGUUGCACCCGAAUUAUUGGGUAAAACGUUUGGUACAUUAGCAACGUUCGAGUCUUUAUCUGCGGUAGUGGCGCCUUCGCUUUUCGCCUGGUUCUAUGGCCUGACUUUGAAGACCCAUCCCUCCGCCGUUUUUUACCUUUCUGCAUUUGGAGUGUCCUUGGCAUCUUUAUUGGCUUUCCUGGUGCUUCUAGCCCAUAGAAAACAAAUGCAUCAGUGUGGUCAUGCUUAGUGUGUGUCGUCAUCGCAUGUAUAUAUUAAUGUAUAGAUUCGAAAUUAUUUACAUCCAUCUUGGAUUCCCAAACAUUCUUCGAAAUGCAUUUU